CUGGACCUGCGCUGCCUGUGGUGCUCGUGGCCCUGGGUCUUAGGGCAGCUGCGGUGCCGCGUCUCGCGCUACCUCAGCGAGGGCUGGGCCUCCGGCGCCGCCCUCCGCAUCACCGCCCUUGCCGUGGAGCGCUACCUUGCCAUCUGCUUCCCCCUCGAGGCCAAGGCGGUGGUCACCCAGCGCCGGGUCAAGGCCGUCAUCGGUGCCCUCUGGGCCUUCGCCUUCCCCUCCGCCGUGCCCUUCUUCUUCCUUGUCGGCGUGGAGCAGGCUGACGACCAGACCGACUUCAGCCGGGAGUGCAAGCCCACCCCGCAGGCCGUGGAGUCGGGGCUGCUGGCUAUGGUGGUUCUGGCCUUUGUAAUUUGCUGGUUGCCUUUCCACGUUGGCGGGAUCCUAUUUAUAAACACUCAGGAUACCAGGAUGAUCUCCCUGCUCUCCCAGUACUUUAACGUCUUCGCUCUGCAGCUUUUCUGGAGGAGAAGGAGGAAGGAGUACACGACCACCUUCUGA